GAUUUAGAAUCGACGAAAAGCAGAAGCCAAAAGCCAAAGCAGGGAGCAGUGGCUCUAGAGAAGUGAAGGAAAGAUAGGAGAAGACCAUGGGAGACCUGUUUGGAUGGCUACUGGUCUUCACCUUUCUUAUAUCUCUUCUCGCCAUUCUCAGCUACCAGCUCAUGUGUUUGACGGGCCUUGAAGUGGACUAUAUUAACCCAUAUGAUUCAGCAGCUCAGAUAAACAUGCUAGUUUUUCCAGAGUUUGCUACUCACGGAAUCUUAUGCAUCAUAUAUCUUAUGACAGGACAUUGGUUUAUGUUUCUGUUGUCUCUCCCAUAUCUACACUACAAUAUGGGACUGUAUAGGAGGGGACAACACUUAGUGGAUGUAACUGAGAUCUACAGCCAGCUGAAUGGGGAAAAGAAGCAACGGCUUUUUAAGCUUGGCUAUCUCAUAAUCCUCUUAGUCUUAUGUAUAUUCUGGCUACUUUGGACUGUCGGAGAACAACAUGAUUAGUCAGACAUCAGGUCUCUGACAAAGUUUGCCGAAAGGCAACAACACUUGUGGACAAGCGCUGUGGAACAGCUCAAGAAAUUGGGUAAAAUUCAAUUUGAGUGGUAAAAAUCUGUUGUAUUAUUUAUAUGAAUAAGUUGAAUCCAGGUGGAUGGGUAAAUUCAUUCUAUGUAAUAAUAUUGGUGGAGAAGGCAGUGUCAGUGGCAGCAGCAGGGAUGAUGAUGUUGGGUAAAGAUUUGCAGUUGAAGGAACAGUGAGUCUGUGGAGUUGUAGGUGGCUUCAUAUCUCAUGGUAGUUGUGGAGGCAAUUGUGGAGGAAGAUUUUAGAUAAUUUCUUCUAGGAUCUAGUGUUGGAGGAUCUUUACUAUUCACAGGAGACAAUGAAAUAUAGUUUGUAAUGUUUAUAACGUUUGUGGGCCAUGAGAGUGUGAUUUGAACGCCUGAUUUUUGCAUAUAUGUAAUUGUAAAUAAACUCGUAAGUCUAGCCUGUAACUGUUGGUUUCCAUGGUGGAAUAUAAGAAUAUCAUAUCUUUUUUCCCUA